AAAGGUCGAAGGUGGUCAGGCUUAGGCUUGGAGUCGAGUCGGAGCACUGGGCUGCUGAGCUGGGGGCACAACUAAGAUGUCUUCAAACCAUAUAUAAGCCGGCGAGUUGCUGCCAAUCCUACGACGCAAUCAACACUCUCUCGAUAGGCAAGUAACAAGCUCACUCACAAUGCACUUCGCCAUCUUGCUCCUCGCGUCGCUUUCCCUUGUCCUCUUGGUGACCAAGGCCACACCGAUCAAGCGCGCCUACUUCGGGAUGGACACUUUCGCCGGUACCAGCUGCCAGACGUACGAAGAGUACAUCCAAGUCGGGAACGUCGGAGCGAACGCUAACAACUUCCCCGGUCCGCGCGCUUCGUUCAAGCUGAUCAAAACCGACGGAGACUGCGAAGUCAUCCUCUGGACGGGGUCUGACUAUACCGGCAGCAAGCUUGUCGUACCUGUGAGCGACCUUCAAUCUGAUGGGGAAUGUUUUGGCGCCAGUAAUGGCGAGUCGUUCCUUUCCUUCGAUAUCCACUGCUUCAGUUAGAAGAAUCGCCAACAAGAACCGCCACGUCGAGGGGCAAGGUGAGUGGGUGAAGGUGAUUGGAUGCUGUUGGUCUGCCGAAGGAGCAUGGACCGGGUUGCCGGAGAAUGAAUGCUUUGUUGAAUUGUACCUUGAAUAGCCGUGAACAUGAGUGCGAUUGUC